CUCCCUGACUCUCAUAAACAUCAAAGUAUUGUUUCAGUUUUAUUUUGAAACACAGUUUUACAGCUUCAAACGGAAGUCUGCUACUUCCUUUGUGUAUCUUGAUAACUUUCUUCUGAUUGGACGGUUGUACUGCAGCUCAAGGGGACCAAUCAGUGAGCCGAGACGUCUAUAAAUACCAGUCCGACGGUUCGACAUUACUUCAUUCUCUCAGAGAAGAUUAGAGGUUCAUCUUAACUGCUCCUAAAAAUGUCUGGUCGCGGAAAAACCGGAGGCAAAGCCCGAGCCAAGGCUAAGACCCGAUCCUCCCGUGCCGGGCUCCAGUUCCCGGUGGGUCGCGUCCACAGGCUGCUCAGGAAGGGAAACUACGCCGAGCGCGUCGGUGCCGGCGCUCCCGUCUACCUGGCCGCCGUGCUCGAGUACCUGACCGCUGAGAUCCUGGAGUUGGCCGGAAACGCCGCUCGCGACAACAAGAAGACCAGGAUCAUCCCCAGACACCUGCAGCUGGCGGUCAGGAACGACGAGGAGCUCAACAAGCUGCUGGGCGGAGUCACCAUCGCUCAGGGAGGCGUCCUGCCCAACAUCCAGGCGGUGCUGCUGCCCAAGAAGACCGAGAAGCCCGCCAAGACUAACAGACUGAGAACUACAAGCGAAGAUGAGCGGACGCGGAAAGGGCGGCAAAGGACUCGGAAAAGGAGGCGCCAAGCGGCACCGGAAGGUUCUCCGCGAUAACAUCCAGGGAAUCACCAAACCCGCCAUCCGCCGAUUGGCUCGCCGCGGUGGCGUGAAGCGUAUCUCUGGCCUGAUCUACGAAGAGACUCGCGGAGUUCUGAAGGUGUUCCUGGAGAACGUGAUCCGUGACGCCGUC